AAGUCAGUUUGUCAGUUUGAAUCAGUUGAAAUGCAACCGUUUGGGAGUUUUGCCGGUAAUUUUUAAGUAUUUUAAUCGUUUUAGAUAUGUAAAUGUGUGAACGUUUAGCUGUAAUUAAUUAUCGCUGCUGUUCCCUCUUGGAUUAAGUGCAUUUAGUGUAAAUUUGCUUGUUGUGCUUCCAGUGCGCUACACUUGACGUGCAAUAAAAACAGUUUGUGUUCAUAAUUUGCACUCCAUUAAUAUUUUGCGCACGCACACCUAAAUUGUGAUAUUAAACAACAGAAUAAGAAAAAGCCAUUGUGAAAGUUGUAAGAAGUAUUAAAGGAAAAAUAUUGGUAUAUAUAUGUAAGCGAGGCAGCGAAACUUCGUUAGCAGCUGCAACAAAACAAGAACGACGCGAAUCAACAGCUCUGCUUCCACGUACACUGUGAAUUGACGCAACGUGCUGUUCUUGCUCCUUUUAUUUUGUCUGCUUCGCAAGAAAAUUCGCUGUCAUCGACGCUGACGUCGCCGCUAACCGAAUUUUGCUGCAGAAACCGCAACGCUACGUAUGUGAAAUUUGAUUAUUGUUUUUUUCGUAUUGUGUUGGGUGCGUUGACUAUACGUUGUAUUAAUUUAAAGCGUUUAUUACACGUUUUGUUUCUUUUCUUAACCGAAACAAUAUACCAUAACUAAAAGUGAAAAAAAAGUAUAACGAAUUAUUAAAUCCAUAAUUGAACAAAGUCGUUGCUUAAGUAAAAGGCGAACACAGGACAACAGCAAAAAGACAAAAUGUCAGACACAAAAUCGUUUUCGAGUAUUGAAACACCUGGCUAUGUGGGCUUUGCCAAUCUACCGAAUCAGGUGCAUCGUAAAUCGGUGAAGAAAGGUUUUGAAUUCACGCUGAUGGUGGUCGGUGAGUCGGGCUUGGGAAAGUCUACAUUGGUCAACAGCCUGUUCCUGACAGAUUUGUAUCCAGAGCGCGUGAUACCAGAUGCUAUUGAAAAACAAAAACAAACCGUGAAACUAGAAGCUUCCACAGUGGAGAUAGAGGAACGCGGUGUCAAAUUGCGUCUAACAGUUGUGGACACGCCGGGCUUUGGAGAUGCUAUCGAUAAUUCGGAUAGUUUUAGCGCCAUACUGGAAUAUAUAGAUGAACAAUAUGAACGUUUCUUGCGCGAUGAGAGCGGACUGAAUCGGCGCAAUAUUGUGGACAAUCGUAUACACUGCUGUUUCUAUUUUAUAUCGCCUUUCGGGCAUGGCCUCAAACCUUUAGAUGUUGAAUUUAUGAAGAAAUUACACUCUAAAGUGAAUAUAGUGCCUGUGAUCGCGAAAGCUGACUGCCUCACAAAGAAGGAGAUUCUACGCCUCAAAUGCCGGAUUAUGCAAGAAAUUGAGGAUCAUGGCAUUAAAAUAUAUCCACUGCCCGAUUGUGAUUCCGACGAGGAUGAGGACUAUAAAGAGCAAGUGAAACAGCUGAAAGAGGCCGUGCCAUUCGCAGUAUGCGGUGCGAAUACGCUGCUGGAGGUGAAGGGCAAAAAAGUGCGUGGACGCUUGUAUCCCUGGGGUGUCGUGGAGGUGGAAAAUCCUGAUCACUGUGAUUUCAUUAAAUUACGCACAAUGUUAAUCACACACAUGCAGGACCUACAAGAGGUCACACAAGAGGUGCACUAUGAAAAUUACCGUUCCGAACGUUUGGCUAAAGGACGCAAGGAGAAUGGCAUGAAAGUCGAACGUGACUCUAUGGUACCAACGCAGAUUGUUGUGAACAGCGUCAUUUCCGAAAAGGAUCGAAUAUUGCAAGAGAAGGAAGCGGAAUUGCGACGCAUGCAAGAGAUGUUGGCACAAAUGCAGGCCAAAAUACAAGCGCAACAGUAGGUGUAGCACACGGAUCUUAUUCAUAUAUAUAUAUAAAUAUGUAGAGCAAGUGUAAGCAUAAAAAUAAAUUACAACAAACGCAACUAAAGCAGCAGAAACAAUAAUAAAGAUUUAAGGCAAGCAUGUACCAACGCUGCUGCUCAGUUAUGAUGGAUAUAAAGCAAAGCACG